UUGGUCGGUGGGCGUGGUGGUUGUUAUCGGCGACCAAUGGGAGGAGGUCGGUGAUAAGAGGGUUGGGGUUGCGCGGUGGGGUAGCGGCAGUGCGCCGGACGGAGCAGCCCGGGGCGGCCGCGUGACCAUGCUGGGGGCCAUGAUGUAUCCUGGCGCAGAGGAUGCCGACCUCGAGGACAUGCGAGUGCCGCCGAUCCAACUCGAGCACUUGCCCGAAGUAUUCCUCUCCAGUAUCCCAAAAUGCGGUGGCUGUCACGAGAUGAUCGUGGACCGGUACGUGCUGAAGGUGUCAGACCGCACCUGGCACGCCGGCUGCCUGCGCUGCGUCGAGUGCCGCGCCAUGCUCUCCGGCAAGUGCUUCGCCAGAAACAACCAGCUUUAUUGCACCGAUGACUUCUUCAAGCGGUUUGGUACAAAGUGCGCGGGCUGCGGGCAGGGCAUCCCGCCGACGCAGGUGGUGCGGCGAGCACAGUCUCACGUCUACCACUUGCGGUGCUUCGCAUGCGCUGCCUGCGCACGAACCCUGAACACCGGGGACGAGUUCUACCUCAUGGAAGAUGGAAAACUCGUCUGUAAACCUGAUUACGAAGCAGCCAGAGCAAAAGGCGGCGAGGGUUCCUUAGACGGGGAUGCUGCAAGCAAGAGGCCUCGUACGACGAUCACGGCGAAGCAACUGGAGACGUUGAAGAAUGCGUACAGCAGUAGUCCGAAGCCAGCGCGGCACGUGAGAGAACAGCUGGCGCACGACACGGGACUUGACAUGCGAGUGGUGCAAGUCUGGUUCCAAAACAGGAGAGCAAAAGAGAAGCGACUGAAAAAGGAUGCGGGCCGCACGCGCUGGUCGCAGUACUUCAGAUCUAUGAAGAGUGGGAGCGGGUCGCCACGGUCCCAUGACAGGUUGCUCGAUAAAGACGAACUCAAGAUAGACUUGGAUUCGUUCAGCCAUCAUGGUAAAUAUUUGCUUCAUCUAUACCCCUAGAAUAAUAUCCAC